UUCAGCAGCAGCAGUAGCAUCAUCCCUCUGACUGAGAUCAAGUUAUAUUAUGAGUUUCCAAAGGUGACUCUUUGUUUAGGGCUGGCUUCUGUUGUGGAGGACCUGAGAAACCAAUGAAGAAUAUUUAUUUAUGAUUUAAUUAUUUAUUUUUUUAUCAGCCUAAAAACCCUGUGUCUCAGCUGUGCACUGUCUUACAUUAGAUAGUUUAAAAUCCUACAAGAUGUGGACUUUCCUGGGAAUAGCGAGCCUCACGUACCUGUACAAAAAGUCGGACACAGUUCUGAGUGUGGCCCACAAAGAGGUGUUUGUGGCCGCAGCCCUGCUGGUCAUAGUGGGUCUGCUGCUCUCAUACAUCACCUACUUCCACCAGCACAAGCUCUCUCAGGUUGUGUAUUCACCUCUGAGCCUCCUCUCCUUUGUGCCUGUCGUCAACCACUUCAUCCCCCAAACUCCUGCACAGAGCAGCGGCAAGACCGAGGACAGCUGCAGAAAGAGCCGGAGAACAAGGAAACGAGCAGAUGUCGAGAUCUCUACCACAGAGAGCGCCGCCUCAGCCAGUGGCUCCUCAGUGGCCCCGGAGCCAGAUGUGCUGAUCGUUGGGGCCGGGGUCCUGGGCUCAGCGAUGGCGGCCGUCCUGGCCCGGGACGGGAGGAAGGUGACGGUGGUGGAGCGGGACCUGAAGGAGCCUGACAGGAUAGUUGGGGAGCUGCUGCAACCUGGAGGAUACAAGGCUCUUAAAGACCUUGGCCUGGAAGGUUCAGUGGAGGGUCUGGAUGCCCAUCUGGUGAACGGCUAUGUGAUCCAUGACAUGGCCAGCAGCACAGAGGUGGAGAUCCCCUACCCUCAGGCGGAGGAGAGCAUCCAGUGUGGACGUGCUUUCCAUCACGGUCGAUUCAUCAUGGGCCUGAGGAGAGCCGCCCGGGCCGAGCCAAAUGUCACAUUCGUAGAAGGCACCGUGAGCAGCUUGCAGGAAGAGAACGGCAGCGUAAUCGGAGUCCAGUACAAGGAUAAAGAAACUGGAGACCUCAAGGAAAUCCGUGCAGCGCUGACUGUGGUGGCUGAUGGCUGCUUCUCCAAGUUCAGGAAGAGCCUGGUCUCUGGGAAAGCUCAAACCUCCUCUCACUUUGUCGGAUGCCUUAUGAAGGACUGUCCCCAGUUUAAAGCCAACCACGCUGAGCUGGUGCUGGCCAACCCCAGCCCGGUGCUCAUCUACCAGAUCUCCUCAUCGCAGACCAGAGUGCUGGUGGACGUCAGGGGGGAGAUGCCACGCAACCUCUCAGAGUACAUGGCUGAGAAGAUACACCCACAGCUGCCAGAGCAUUUACAGGAGCCUUUCAUGGUGGCGCUGCAGAACGAUCGACUCAGAUCCAUGCCUGCCAGCUUCCUCCCGCCCUCCCCUGUCAAUAAACCAGGUGUGCUUCUCCUUGGCGACGCAUACAACAUGAGGCACCCUCUGACGGGAGGAGGGAUGAGCGUCGCUCUCAACGAUGUUCGCAUCUGGAGGGACCUGCUCAACAACAUCCCCGACCUGUACGACGACACAGCCAUGCUGCAGGCAAAGAAAAGAUUCCACUGGGAACGCAAGUCAUCACAUUCUUUUGUGGUGAAUGUGUUGGCCCAGGCCCUGUAUGAGCUGUUUUCAGCCACUGACAAUUCUCUCUGUGAGCUGAGAAAAGCCUGUUUCCAGUACUUCAAGCUGGGUGGAGAGUGCAUUGCUGGACCUAUUGGACUUCUCUCAGUUCUGACACCAAAACCUAUGACGCUUAUUGGACACUUCUUUGCCGUGGCGAUGUAUGCAAUCUACGUCAACUUCAAGUCGGAGUCGUGGAGCACCAAACCUCGAGCUUUAUUCAAGAGUGGGGCCAUCCUGUAUCGAGCCUGUACGGUCAUGUUUCCUCUCAUCUACUCUGAAUUCAAGUACCUGGUGUACUGAUGAGCAUCUGGACUCAGAAAGACCAAACCCGAUGUCAGGUCUACGGCUUAAGUUGGAAGCAAAAUUCUAAAUAAGUGUAUUAUUUGACGGUACUUUCUAUGUUUGCCUUCGUGCUGAAAAAGGCGACGUUACCAUCUCGAACCAUGAGGAUUUUCUACAUAGGCCUCUGCCUUACCGUAAACUAUCUUACUGUGCUUACCUCAUGCCUUGUUCCAGUGUGGACAUGUCAUGCAAUAAUACCAUAUUAUCCAUGUAUGUGUUUACCCAGUCUGCCCUUUAUGCUGGAGGAUUGUAUCAUACUGUGCAUUAGCUCACACUGAAUGAUUAACACUGAAUAUUCAGCGCUGUGGAAUUAUUCCUGCCAAACAGAAUUACCAUGUGGAGCUUGGCAUUCGAGUUUCAUAAUUCUGCUACACAUAAACUUUCCUGCUGUGUGUUUGAUAUAUCCAUUGCUAAUGACGGUGACACAUUUGUAAUACAAGAAUUUCAUAUUUUAAAUCUGAAGCACUUAUGAUGGGAUGUCAUAAAACAGCAAGCUGUUCACAUUGUUUUAUGUACAACAAUCACACUUCUCUAGUGUUUUCAACAUGAUUUUACUUAGCAAAAGGCCUGUAGCACUUUUUAUUCAAACACAUUUCUUUUUUCUGUAAUGGUAGUUUCCUGCCUUCCUAAGAGUGUUGCUCCUUGUGUACUGUGAUAAAAGACUUUUUGUUACAA